GGCAGCGGCAGUGGCGGCGGCAGCGGCGGCUGGAGCCUCUGAUUGGGUUUCGGGGUCCGGUACUGGAGCCAAUCAGCGCGGGCAGCGAACCGGGGGAGCGAGGCACGGAGUGCAUCUGGCAGUCCUCUAGGAUCUCCAGCGUGACACUGACUGUGGACGGGACUCUGACUUGGAGGGACCAUGGAACAGUAUGCAGCGAACAGCAGCAGUUCAGCAGAGCAGAUUGUUGUACAGGCCGGACAGAUUCAGCAGCAGCAGCAGGGUGGUGUCACUGCUGUCCAGUUGCAGACUGAGGCCCAGGUGGCAUCCGCCUCAGGCCAGCAAGUCCAGACCCUGCAGGUAGUCCAGGGGCAGCCAUUAAUGGUACAGGUCAGUGGAGGUCAGUUAAUCACAUCAACUGGCCAACCCAUCAUGGUCCAGGCUGUUCCUGGUGGACAAGGUCAAACCAUCAUGCAAGUACCUGUAUCUGGGACACAGGGUUUGCAGCAGAUACAGUUGGUCCCACCGGGACAGAUCCAGAUCCAGGGUGGGCAGGCGGUGCAGGUGCAGGGCCAGCAGGGCCAGACCCAGCAGAUCAUCAUCCAGCAGCCCCAGACAGCCGUCACUGCUGGCCAGACGCAGACACAGCAGCAGAUUGCUGUCCAGGGGCAGCAAGUGGCCCAGACUGCUGAAGGGCAGACGAUUGUCUACCAGCCAGUUAAUGCAGAUGGCACCAUUCUCCAGCAAGUUACAGUCCCUGUUUCAGGCAUGAUCACCAUCCCCGCAGCCAGUCUGGCAGGAGCACAGAUUGUUCAGACGGGAGCCAGCGCCAACACCAACACAACCAGCAGUGGGCAAGGGACUGUCACCGUGACACUGCCAGUGGCAGGCAACGUGGUCAGUUCAGGCGGGAUGGUCAUGAUGGUACCUGGUGCUGGCUCUGUGCCUGCAAUCCAGAGAAUCCCUCUCCCUGGGGCAGAGAUGCUUGAAGAAGAGCCUCUCUAUGUCAAUGCCAAACAGUACCACCGUAUACUUAAGAGGAGACAAGCUCGGGCUAAAUUAGAAGCAGAAGGGAAAAUUCCAAAGGAGAGACGGAAAUACUUGCAUGAGUCUCGGCACCGUCAUGCCAUGGCACGGAAGCGUGGUGAAGGUGGACGAUUUUUCUCUCCAAAGGAAAAGGAUAGUCCUCAUAUGCAGGAUCCAAAUCAAGCAGAUGAGGAGGCUAUGACACAAAUCAUCCGCGUGUCCUAACCCCAGGCCUUGCGAUGGAGCCAAUCGAGGCGAUCUUCCUCACGCUGUUUCCCACCAUUCAGGGAAACUGAUCACCUCUUCCGAUGGGACACUGACGACCACAUUCUGCCCUUUUCUACAGGACAGAAACCACUUAGUUUUUAAUAAGUGGCUCAGUAUUAUAAUUGCAAGGAUGUCUGGCAAACUGAAGUUGCAAGCCUUUGUCUCACCCUUUCAGUCAGGACUUCUCUCAGACUGUUGCUGACAUUGACAUUUCAUGGAUUGGGGUGAUGCAAGGGACUCAUGCCAGCCCAGCAGUACACACAUAGCACUUGUGUUGACUGGUGAUGCCAGCCAGCCAUCUGAGCAGAGAACAACUUUCUCAACCUAAACUGCAAUUGGGGAAGCUGCAGCCCAUUACUUCCCACAGAUUCUGAACAGUACCCAUCCCUCUAAUGGGAGAUCUCAGGCUGACUGAUGGACCUUUUGUAUUCAGAGAUGGUUUCCAGGCAAGGAAGCUCCAUCUCAUGAUAUGGAAACAAUAAAUUCUGAGAUACAUUCAUCUAAUCUGUGGUAAUAAUAAGAAUCUCUU